AUGUUCACGAGCGCGCAGUGCGGCCAUUGGUCUACUCCUGUGACGUCACUCUCCUCUGCUGUUUGUUUGCGAAUAAAGCGAACGGUUAUUGUUGUGAACGCGAGACAAGAGCUCACAUCUCAGCGAAACUCAGUUCUGGUCUUUGUGUCCAAAAUGCGAUUAGAGGUCGAAAGCGCGGCCAACUUCCUCUCCGACCUCCUGAGGGUGCACCAGAGCUGUCCCUCCGCGCCCCUAUUGGAGCGCUUCCGCCUCACCAUAAUCGACCACUUGGUCGCCCUCUACGUCGACCACUGGUUCCCCGACCGCCCGAACAAGGGCUCCGCCUAUCGCUGUCUCCGCAUCAACCACAAGAUGGACCCCACGCUCGCCGCCGCCGGCCGUCUCUGCGGAUUGAAUGACGCGGUAUUAAGAAUGCUCUUCCCCAAUGAGCUCACCCUCUGGAUCGACCCGCAGGAGGUGUCGUACAGGAUCGGCGAGAACGGCUCCAUCUGCGUCAUCUACGAGCCAUUGAAUACACUCUCGCCGUCGCCCACGCCCUCGCACUUCACCUCCUCGUCCUCCCAGUCCUCCUCCAUGGCGUCGUCGCCGUCUUCGUCGCCCAAUUGGUUCCAAGCGAUGGACAGCUCGUCGUCGCAGAGACGACAGCAGACGUCGCAGAAGACGUCCUUCUAUUUGAACUCAUUUCCUGUCCCCCCCUCUGCCCCCCCUGAGAGCCACAAAGAGCUCUUCCCUGAUUGGCUGCUCAGCCAUCAACAGAUGACUGACGCCAACAAAGAGCCCUUUAAGCGUCACGUGACCAUUGAUUGA